AUGGUGGGUAGCAUGAUGAUCACUCUGCAGGUCAGUUUGGUGAAGGUGUUCUGUGUCUGUACCAGAUUCACAGAGAAAAAGACGCUGAGUCUCAAUUUCCAAUUUUAGGGAGGAGAACAUUGCUAUUAUCAGGGAGAAAUUCGAGGAAAUCCUGUUUCAUUUGUUGCCUUGUCAACAUGCCAUGGAUUACAUGGGAUGUUCUGUGAUGGAAAUCAUACUUACCUUAUUGAGCCAGAUGAGAACUACACUUCAGAUGAUGACUUCCAUUUCCACUCUGUUUACAAAUCCAAGCUGUUUGAGUUUCCUUCGGAUGACCUGCCAUCUGAGUUCUGGCAAAUGAAUACUACGUCGCAGAAGUUUGUUGUAAAGCCAAGACACAAAAGAGGUAAAAGGCAGGUUCGUCAGAUUCCACGUAAAAUUGAAGAGGAAACAAAAUACAUUGAGUUAAUGAUUGUAAAUGAUCAUCUAAUGUAUAAAAAGCACCGCUUGUCAGUCGGCCAUACAAACAGCUAUGCUAAAUCGGUUGUGAACAUGGCAGAUUUAAUAUAUAAAGAACAACUUAACACCAGGAUAGUAUUGGUUGCCAUGGAAACCUGGGCUACUGAUAACAAGUUCACCAUAUCUGAAAACCCCUUGGUGACCCUACGUGAGUUUAUGAAAUAUAGGAGGGAUUUUAUCAGAGAGAAAAGUGACGCAGUUCACCUUUUUUCGGGGAGUCGAUUUCAGAGCAGUCGGAGUGGUGUAGCCCACACUGGUGGAAUCUGCUCCUUGCUUAAAGGCGGAGGUGUGAAUGAGUUUGGAAAGCCAGACUUAAUGGCAGUUACUCUGGCACAGACGUUGGCCCAAAACAUUGGCAUUUUCUCAGACAGAAGAAAACUUAUAAGUGGUGAGUGUAAGUGUGAGGACACGUGGUCUGGAUGCAUAAUGGGAGACACGGGGUAUUAUCUUCCAAGCAAGUUCUCCAAAUGUGAUAUUGAAGAGUAUCAUGAAUUUUUAAACAAUGGAGGUGGAGCCUGCCUUUUCAAUAAACCAACCAAACUUCUGGAUCCUCCAGAAUGUGGUAAUGGCUUUGUGGAAGAUGGAGAAGAAUGCGACUGUGGGACGAUAGCGGAGUGUGCCAGCGAAGGAGGAGAGUGCUGCAGUACUUGCACCCUGACGGCAGGUUCCCAGUGCAGCAACGGGCUUUGCUGUCGGAAGUGCCGGUUUGAACCUAAAGGAGUUUUGUGCCGAGAAGCAGUGAACGAUUGUGAUAUUGCAGAGAACUGCACAGGAAAUUCCAGUCAGUGUUCUCCCAAUAUUCAUAAAAUGGAUGGAUAUUCGUGUGAUAACAAGCAGGGUAUUUGUUUUGGAGGAAGAUGUAAAACCAGGGACCGGCAGUGUAAAUAUAUCUGGGGUGAAAAAGUGACAGCUGCUGACAGGUACUGCUAUGAGAAGCUGAAUAUUGAAGGGACUGAGAAAGGAAACUGUGGAAGAGACAAGGACUCUUGGAUACAGUGCAAUAAACAGGAUGUGCUUUGUGGAUACCUUCUGUGCUCCAAUAUAUCCAGUGUGCCCAGACUUGGAGAACUUGAUGGUGAAAUCACAUCGACAAUCUUGCAGUUUGGAAAAGUCUACAAUUGCAGCGGUGGCCAUGUGAAGCUGGAUGAGGAGACAGACCUGGGCUAUGUGGAGAACGGGACGCCAUGCGGGCCGAACAUGGUGUGCCUUGAGCAUCGCUGCCUCCCCACCGAGGCCUUCAACUUCAGUACCUGCCCAGGCACCACAGACAGCCAGAUUUGUUCAGGACACGGUGUUUGUAGCAAUGAAAUAAAGUGUGUCUGUGACCGAUUAUGGGGAGGAGAUGACUGCAGUUUUCGCAUCAAAGAUGCUCUAUAUUUUGAUAAAGAUGCCAUCAAUAAAGGUGUUGUUAGCACAAAUAUAAUAAUAGGGGCUAUUGCUGGCACCAUUUUAGUGUUGGCUCUCGUUUUAGGAAUAACUGGUUGGGGUUACAAAAACUACAGAAGACAGAGACAAAUACCCCAGGGAGAUUAUGUAAAAAAGCCUGGAGAGGCCGACUCUUUUUAUAGCGACAUGCCUCCUGGAGUCAGCACAAACUCUGCAUCUAGUUCUAAGAAGAGGUCUGCUUUUCUGUCGCAUUUUCAGAUUUCUACCUGUUCCAUCACCCAUUAUUCCAUUAGUCAGAACAUUUCAUUGUUUUGCAGCAGGUCAAAUGGAUUAUCUCAUUCCUGGAGUGAAAGGAUCCCAGACACAAAACAUAUUUCAGACAUUUGUGAAAAUGGGAGGCCUAGGAGCAAUUCUUGGCAAGGUAAUAUAGGAGGAAACAGAAAGAAAGUCAGAGGCAAAAGAUUUAGGCCACGGUCUAAUUCAACUGAGACACUGUCUCCUGCAAAGUCUCCGUCUUCGUCCACUGGAUCCAUCGCUUCCAGCAGAAAAUACCCUUACCCGAUGCCACCACUUCCUGACGAGGAGAAAAAAGCCAACAGGCAAAGUGCCAGGCUAUGGGAGACGUCCAUUUAGCUGCACUGUUUUCCUGGGGUGACAUCAGAAUUGUUUACUUCGAAUUUUAUAGAAACUCAGCAUCACUGAGUCACUGCACAUUCAUCUGCUCUUCAGACAAUUUGAAAGAUCAACAGAGAUGCCGGGAGCGAUGCCAACAGUGAUGCAGUGAGAACCUCCUCUCAUCUGGAAGGGAAAAAAGCAGUCUUUUUUUUCUUUCUUUUUUGUUGACUAGUAUUUUAUGGAUUUGAUGAACAACCAGAAUCAUAACAAUUACCAGGGGAUAAUUAGCCCGGACGCGACAAGGCUAUUCUGCAUGAUGACAGAUACACUUACCUAGAAUCCCAACUGCAGUCUGUUUGCCAGUCCCGCGUAAGAGAGUUUUUUCUCUGGUUUAAUGCAGUCCUGAGUCAGACCAGAGUGGAACUGGGAACGCGCCUUCUGGACAGCCCAGCCAAUGUAAACUUGUACGCUGUAUGCAUGAACCUUGUGUUCUUUACUUUCCACAUGUAAGGGAUAAACAACAUACUGUAGUAGAAAUUAGCAUGCAGGAGUAAGAAAUAUAGGAUUUUUUUGUGACAGGAUUUCAAGCUUUGAAAGGCAACUAUUUGACACAAACGUCAAACAAACAAGGAUUAUAUCUUUUUUUUACCUUAUGUGUUUAUAAUCUCAGUAUACAGAUUGUAUAUAUGUAAACAUUUGAUAAUGUCAGAAAUAGCUGUUAUACAUAAGUGUAUUUUGCCAAAUGCCUAAAGAAACAGUCAUGACUAACAUCACCACACUUCAGAUUUUCUAAUAUUACGAGCAGACAACUUUGGAAAUAC